AUGGCUGAAAAAGGUGCCGAUGAACAAGAACAACACGAAAGUGGUCUAAUACCAUUAUUGAAACAUGAACGACGACAUUUCUCACAAAUAUCAAUGCCUUCAAAUGGUUUAAUUCUCAAGAAAUUACCAGGAGGUUAUAUAACAGUGGGUGCCGUAAGAAAGCGACGAACUUUAUCUGAACAAGUCAAUCGAUAUGAUCGUGUUAUGCAAGCGAAUGCUAGUUCAACAUUAGCAAUCGCUACUAGUCCAACAUUGCACAAAGAUCACUGGCAGCAACGACGUUAUACUUUUUUAAGUAAAAAUAGUAUGCUUGGUGGAGAACUAAAAGAUGAAGUUGUUAUUGAACAUGGUAACGAUGUCGAACAAAAGUCUAUUUUCGAUACACCUCCAAUGGCAACAUCGUUCACUAUGGAUUGUGAUAGAUCAAAUAUAAAAAAUGAUUCAAUAUUGAGUCGAGCUGUAACUGGUGUUCGUAAUUUACUUGCUGAAGAUGAUGAAGAUAAACAAGUGAAUGGAACUAGUCUAUGUUUAAAAAAUAUUGUAUUAACACAACAAGAUUCAAACGAACUAGCUGAAUUCGAUGGCAAUGAUGGUGAUAAUUCACAUCAUCGAAUAAUUAGUGCUCAAUGUACGCAAACUGAUAAUGAUCUUCUUCAAACUCCAAGAAAGAACAUUCUUCCACAUACUACAGUUAAAUAUCCACCAUUAAAUAAAUUUGUUUCAUGUUUGUCUUGUAAAGACAAUCAAUCAGAAAAUUUAGUUGAAAUUCAACACUCCUAUCGUCCUUAUUUUACUUAUUGGGUAACAUUUGUACAAAUUUUUGUUUGUGCUAUUUCAUUAAUUGUAUAUGGCUAUGCUCCAUUCACAUCAACACAGUCUAAUAACACUUCAAUAUUUAAUCAACAACGAUUUGACUUAACGAUGAAUAUAUGGUUUGGUCCACAUCCAGCAGAUUUAAUUCGUUUAGGUGCGAAAUAUACACCAUGUAUGCGUAAACACGAUGAAGUGAAUGGUCGAUAUGAAAAACAAGCAAAAUUAGAAACAAUAUCGGGUUGCUGUAUAGACUCCAUCGCAAAUCGUUGUAUGCAAACUCUAUCUCAGCAAUGCCUUACACGAGCUGCGUUGACAUGGUAUCAAAUUCCAUUAAAAAGUAAAAACUUAACUGAAAUCAACAGUGUGAUCUAUCCAGCUGUAUGCGGUCUCACACCAGAAACUUGUACGAAAAAACUAACUGGAAAUAUUCUACGAGAAGAUGAAAGUUCAUGGACGUCAACAAUAGUUGAUUCAAAAAUUUUCAAGUGGUCACCCAAUGCUGUUAAAUGGCCGAUUUGUCUUGAACAAGAUUAUAGUCGAAUAUCAAAUAAUAUAUCGUUAUACCCACAUAUGCAAUGUACAAAUAUAGUGAGACCCUGUUGUACUGGCGUACUAGGAGAUUGUAUUUUAACAUCAAGAGAUGAUUGUCGACGUCGUCGUGGUAUUUUUCAUGCCCGAGCUCAUUUAUGUUCUCAAGUUGAUUGUAUACAAAGUGUAUGUGGUAUGCUAGAGUUCUUUGUUGCUCGUGUGCCUGAUCAAGUCUAUCGGUUUUGGACUGUAAUUUUCAUUCAUGCUGGUUUAAUUCAUUUGUUAAUAACAAUUAUAUUUCAAUAUACAAUAAUGCGUCCAUUGGAAAAAUUAGCUGGCUGUAUACGUGUGAUGAUUAUAUAUAUUGUGUCUGGUUUUGUUGGAAGUUUAGCGAGUGCAUUAUUUUUACGUGAUUCAAUACAGGUCGGACCUGGUGGUAGUCAAUUAGCUAUACUUGCUUGUUAUCUAAGUGAAUUAUUUCUUGGUUGGCGUUCAUUAAAACGGCCAUGGAUACCAUUUUUCAAAAUUAUUGUAUGUUUAUUUCUCUUAUUAACUGUCGGUUUACUCCCCUUAGUCGAUAAUUAUUCGCAAUGUUUUGGUUUUUUAAUUGGCUUCAUGUUAAAUAUGAUUGUUUUUCCUGAUGUUAAUUUUCGAAAAAAUGUUCGCCGUCUUGUAGUUGUUACAACAUCGUUAGCUAUAACAAUUGCUGUAUUUAUUACAUUAAUUGUUCUAUUUUAUACGGUACCAUUUAAAUGUAAAUCUUGUACAUUAUUUAGUUGCCCAUUCGGAAAAAUUUGUGGCAAUGAAAAACAUGAUCUUAUCUAA